AAUGAAACAUUUACUUACAUUAAACACCCAUAAAGGUUUAUUUCAACCAAAUCGAUUAAUGUUUGGAAUUGCUAGUGCUCCUGCCAAAUGGCAACGUUUAAUGGAGCAAAUGCUACAAGGAAUAGAUGGUAUUUCAAUAUUUCAGGAUGAUAUAAGAAUUACAGCUCCAAAUAAUACCUUACAUUUACAAAGACUUGAACAAGUUUUAAAGAAAUUAUCUGAACAUAAUUUACAUAUAAAUUUGGAUAAAAGCGAAUUUUUCAAAGACGAGAUUGACUACUGUGGAUAUAAGAUGAGUAAAACGGGUGUGUCUACUAGUGCAGAUAAGGUAACUGCAAUUGCAAAUGCUCCAAUACCUACAAACAGAACUCAAGUUCGGAGUUUCUGUGGCCUAAUUAAUUAUUACAGACGUUUUUUAAAAGAUACUUCUACAAUUUUACAACCAUUAAAUAAUUUACUUAAAAAGAAUGUCAAUUUUAAAUGGUCGAAUACUUGUCAAACUGCGUUUGACAAAGCAAAAAAAACUCAUUUGUUCUAGAAAUGUUUUAUGUCACUAUGACCCAAAUUUACCAUUAGUCCUAGCAACUGAUGCAUCACCCUAUGGGGUAGGUGCAGUACUUUCACAUAUCUUUCCAGAUGGUACAGAGAGACCCUUACAGUUUGCUUCUCAAACUCUUACUACUACACAGCAAAGGUACUCACAAAUAGACAAAGAAGCUUACAGCAUAAUUUUUGGAGUAAAAAAAUUUUACAAUUAUCUAUGUGCUAGGAAAUUUACUUUGCUCACUGAUCAUAAACCGUUAGUUCAAAUUUUUGCACCUGAUAAAAGCCUACCAGUUUUAAGUGCAACAAGAAUGCAACAUUAUGCAAUUUUCUUACAAGGUUUGAAUUAUGACAUUCGUUACAAAAAUACAGAUUCUCAUCUCAAUGCUGACGCACUUUCACGUCUACCUAUAAAAUCAGAACAAAAUUUCACACAUGAUGAGCCAGAUAUUUUUGAAAUAAAUCAAAUUGAAACUUUGCCUACAAAUAUUAGAGAUCUAGCUUUUCAUACAAAAAAUGAUCAUACCUUAAAAAAAUUACUUGUUGGGUUAAAAACAGGAAAACCUGUUGAUAAACGAUGUAGCUUCAAUAUAAAUCAAGCUGAAUUUUCAUUACAAUCUGAUGUUAUUAUGAGAGGACAAAGAGUAGUUAUACCUACUAAAUUGAGAAAUAAAAUUUUGACAGAAUUACAUACUGCACAUUUUGGAAUAGUUAGAAUGAAAUCUUUAGCUCGUAGUUAUUGCUGGUGGCCUCACAUAGACCAGGAUAUUGAGUCACUUUGUAAAAAUUGUUUAGAGUGCAAUAAGCACAAGAACAACCCAAUUAAAGAUAAUUCUCAUAUAUGGGAGCCACCAAAAUUUUGUUUUGAACGAGUGCAUGCUGAUUACGCUGGACCUUUCAAUGGAGGUUAUUAUUUUAUAUUGGUAGAUUCCUUCAGUAAAUGGCCUGAAAUUCAUUUUACAAAAAAUACUACUACAAAAACUACUAUUGAAAUUUGCCGAAAAAUUUUUACAACUUUUGGUAUUCCUAAAGUUUUUGUUACAGACAAUGGUAGACAAUUUGACUCUCAUGAGUUUAGAACUUUUACGAAAGAUAAUGGAAUUACACAAAAAUUUACUGCACCCUACCAUCCUGCAACUAAUGGACAGGGAGAGAGAUAUGUCCAAAUACUGAAAAAAUGUUUAAGGGCUAUGCGAAGUGAGGGAAAUGACAGGGAGUUUGAAUUAUGUAAGCUACUUAUGCAAUACCGCAGAAGCCCACAUACAGUUACAGGUAAAAGUCCCUCAGAACUUAUGUUAGGAAGACAAAUAAGGAAUAGAUUAGAUUUACUUAAACCUUCAUGUAGUGAUAGAGUUACCUAUACUGAUAUGAGUCUAAGAAACUUUGAUAUAGGAACUAGGGUUUCCGUGAGGGAUUAUUUUCAUUCUAAAUGGCAAUUUGGCAUUAUUGUACUCAGAUUAGGGUUAUUGCAUUAUUUAAUUCAGUUAGAUGAUGGUAGAACAUGGAAACGUCAUGUAGACCAAAUACGGCAAAUUGGGGAAUAUACUCCAUCUCAAAAUAAUCCAACAUGUUACAUUCCGGAUACCAUUACUCACAAUUUGAUUCCGAGGGAGGCAUCAAUUCCAGAGCACAGUGUCUCACCACCACCUACCGAAGUGAUUACUGAUGAAUCCGAAAUUUCAAACAAUAUGGAGAGUUCGAAUAGUGUACCUGGGGCUCAAACUGAAACUGAGGAACCCAUUUUAAGGCGUUCCACUAGAGUAAGGAAACCUGUUACCAGACUGAAUUUCUUAACCACUACGUCUAUCGCUAUAAUUAUAUUGAUAGGAACUUUUAUUAACACAUUUGUGUACAUUUAUUGGGAAGCAUUGCCAAUUCUGUAUAUCAAGGAAUGCAAUUAUAGUUUUUAUCAGAUACACACAGUAAUUAAAACAUUUGUACCUGAAAGGCUGAAACAUAGCGCGGAAUCAUUUAUUUUAGUUACAAGAUGAGUAGGAAUGAAAAAAAAAAGAAUAUAAUUCUUAUAGAGUUAAAAAAGUCCUAGGAAAAAUACGAGUAGGUAAAUAAUGUAAGGAAAAUUGUAAUUAUAAUGGAGAAAUAAAAAAUAAUAAGUGA